AUGGCGCAUUCAUUGAAGGAUCUGGAAGGCUGGGAAAUUAUAACAACCGAUGGGUUCGGUAAUAUUAUUGAUAAUACCCAGAAAAGACGACGUCAUCGAAGAAAUGAAGAGGAACUUGUCUACCUUCAAAGAAAAUCAGACGGAUUGAGGUUUGGUCGUGGUGACAACAUUAUUAUGAACGAUGAAAAGUUGGAUACUUAUUCGAUAUACUUGGUGCAUGAUAUUAGACUGAAUACCUUGAACAAUGUGGUGGAGCUAUGGGCACUAACGUAUUUAAGAUGGUUUGAAUUAGAUCCAGUCACAUAUUACAGUAAUUUUGAACCCAAAGUGGUUAAAAAUCUGGAUACAAGAGAGGAGGUAAAUAGAAAAAUGGCAGAGGAUGUGGACAAAAACGAGCUAUAUUUCACAUUACAACCAGCAGAACUCAAAUUAUCCAAUUUCAUAUCAUUAGCCAAAGUCUCCAAUUUCGAUAGUUGGUUGAACGAUACUGAGGAAAAAGACUUGAAAAAAGAGUUCUUUGUUAGAUAUAUAUUUAGUCCCAUUUCUGACAACGUGGUCCCAAUUAAUCUUAUUGAAGAGAUACCCAACAUGCUUAAGUUAACACCAAAGGAGGCUCAAGAAUAUAUAAAAGACAUAGCGUGGCCGAAGAAGAGAGGGACUGACACAUCUAAGGAGCUUCCAAAGGAGUUUCUUAUCGAGACACCAAAAAAGCGUAGCUACGCAGAAAUCGAAAAUGAAUACGAUGACAUCUUGAGCUCCGCAAGUGAAAGUGAUUCUUCUAAUGAUGAAACAGCGAACCACAGUAAUUCGUCAGAUUUUAGCUCUGCUGAUGAUGUUAGUAAUGAUGAUGCUGAGAAUUCAGGCUCAGAUUCAGAAUUAUUUGAGGAUGACGAUUAUAUAUCUGAAUCAGAGAGUAUCGGUAGGAAACGAAAUAAUAAAUCUUCAGAUACUGGAAUAAAAAGGGGAAGGGGACGCCCACCAAAAAAUGCUUCUGGGUUGAUUAGAAGAUACCCUCAUGGAUUAACUUUCCAAAAAAACACUACGCCCAAUGGAGCAUCGAAUACAAACGUCAUUAGGAAGUUUACCAAGAAAAAUAUUGCACGUGCUAAGAAGAAAUACACAGCCUUUUCCAAACGUUACGAAUCUAUUAAGGAUAUUCCUGAUUUGAAAAAGCUCAAGGCUUUUAACCAGGAUUCAGAUGAAGUAGAUCGAACCAAUAGGAAGUUGGAGAAUAUAAUGAAAACUACCCAAAAUCAUCAUGCAGUUGAGACUAUUUUUUCUAAAGUCAAAAAACAAUUAUAUUCAUCUCAUGGGAAAGAAGAAAUUGUGAAAUCAAAGAAUUUUGAAAAUUACUUACCUGCUCGUGAGAAUGAAUUUGCAUCAAUUUACUUGAGUGUAUACAGUGCUAUUGAAUCAAGUUCCGCUACAACAGUUUAUGUUGCUGGGACACCUGGUGUAGGUAAGACAUUAACUGUGAGAGAGGUGAUCAAAGAUCUCAUGGCUUCUGCUAAACAGGAAGAGCUUCCUAAAUUUCAAUAUGUGGAAAUUAAUGGGUUAAAAAUGGUCAAGCCAACCGAUAGCUAUGAAGUUCUUUGGAAUAAGAUUUCUGGUGAAAGGUUGACGUGGGGCGCUUCAAUGGAAUCACUAGAAUUUUAUUUUAAUAAAGUGCCCAAGGGGAAAAAGUAUCCUAUAGUUGUCCUAUUAGAUGAAUUGGACGCGCUAGUCACCAAGAAUCAAGAGAUAAUGUAUAAUUUUUUUAAUUGGACCACAUAUCAAAAUGCCAAACUUAUUGUUAUAGCCGUUGCCAACACUAUGGAUUUACCUGAAAGGCAAUUGGGGAAUAAAGUUUCUUCAAGAAUAGGGUUCACAAGAAUUAUGUUUACUGGUUAUACUCAUGAAGAACUUAAAAACAUUAUUGAGUUUAGAUUAUCUGGUUUUAAUGACACCUAUUUUUAUGUUGAUGCAAAAACUGGUAGUGCGAUUCAAAUUGAAGAUGGUGUGAAAUAUGAUCCCAUCAAACAUUCUGAUAUGAAGAAGAUUCGUUUGCAAAUGAGCCCAGAUGCGAUUGAGAUUGCUUCAAGAAAAGUUGCCAGUGUUAGUGGUGAUGCAAGAAGAGCUUUAAAGGUAUGUAGAAGAGCCGCUGAGAUCGCUGAAAAGCAUUAUAUGAUGAAACAUGGGUUUGGCUACGAUGGAGAAGCUAAGAACGAAAAUAUUACAGAUGAAGAAGAUAAUGAACUUGAAGAUAAUCAAGAUGGAGAAGAAUUACAAACAGUGCAUAUAAGACAUAUCAUGCAAGCGUUAAAUGAAACAAUUAACUCGAAUAUUGUCAAUUUUAUUAAUCGAUCAUCUUUUACUACCAAGUUAUUCCUAUUUGCAUUAUUAAACCUAAUUAAGAAAACUGGCCUACAUGAACAGCCAUUGGGUGAUGUAACUGAUGAAAUACGACUUCUCAUGGAUGUCAAUGGCAAUAAUAAAUUUAUUGUCAGCAUUAACGACACAUUAUAUAGAGAUGGUAAAAAGGGAUCUCAGAUUCAACUCAAGAUUCAGUCAUGGGAUUAUCUCUUAUAUCAAUUGAUUGAAGCGGGAAUUCUUAUCAAGCAAAAUAUGAAAAAUGAGAGAAUCAGUUGUGUGAAGUUUAACGUCGCCUUGGAGGAUGUUAGGAGAGCGAUUGAUCAAGAUGAGAUUUUAAAAGAUUUGUAA